GCAGAGGGAAAAUUCAAACCCAUAGCACUAUGAAGCAAGGAAGGUAGUCUAACCACUGGAAUGCAGAGUGGCUGCUACCAAAACAAUAUUUAACUAAAAUGUCUCAGGUUCAACAGCCAAGUUCAAGGAGUCCCCAGCCUCCAUCACUAUAGCUAGCUGCAUGAACCAGGCAUGUAUAUGGGUUGUUGUAGAUCCCUUUUCCCACACAUCUUUUUCGGGUCUGGAUUAAAACCAUGCACCUUUUUUGGUCUGGUUUAAAACUGCUGCCUAUUCAUGUCCUUGGAUCACCCUGGCUUUUGUAUUAUGUGAAGGGGUGAAUAACACCUUUCUUAUUCAUGGUUUAUAGAGCUCUAGCAUAUCCCACCUUUGUAAUGGCUUCCCCAUGCUGAAAUGGGAACUGGGCCCCCCCUUCCCUAUAGUCACAGGUAAGGACCCUUAACCAUUGGGCUAAACGUUACAUGUAGGCCUCAGCCUCCUUUACCCGCUUGCCUCACGUUUUUGGUGGGGCAUUAAAAGGUUCCUCAUGAAAAAUGAUUUUGUCACCUACGUGGUUCCUGGCCAGGGAUUGCAAGCAGAGGUUGGUUUCUGAAGGGGUAGAUGCUGGUUCAGUUUCCUUUUCCCUGUCUGAGGAGAAGAGAUUUGAAUAGGACUCUGCAUUCUCUCAUGCGUGAGCCCCAGUGAGUGACAUAGGGCUAGGCUAAGGUGGGGUGCCCCUUGAAGCAUCUUGAGGCUAUGCCAUUGUUAUUAAAUAGCAAUAAGGCAAGGUCUAAAUUGCUAAAUCCCUUUGUGUGGGUCUGGGUUAAGUGGGUUCAAGUCCUUUUUCAGCUUCCUGAAAUGGGACUUGAGUAGCUGUCUCUGAAUUGAAUGUCCAGUUGCAGGACUAACAGGUGGUCUCCUUGGGGUGGGCCUGGUGUUGCAUCAUCCUGUGCUGUAGCAGUUGUUCCACUUUCAUUCCAUAUUCAUGGAGGUCACAAGGUUAACAAGCAGCCUUCUGGCACUUAGCAGUUGUGGUGUGAACUUAAUGUUUAGUUUGAGGGUCAAAUCCCCCAUGCAAAGUAACAUGACUAAAGUUUUAGUUAGUAGAUGGUUGGCUUUCAGAUACCAAAUUAUCAAACCCGCUGUAACGCCAGUCCAUGGUGUACAUAUCCCCAUAAGUUCUUACAAAUUUGGUAUAUAUUAUUACAGUGCAUGUACAUAUAAUUUGCUUUACAUAAGAUAGUGAUAUUGACUCUCUUGAUUUUUGUUCUCCCCCAGGUUCUUAGCGUCACUGCCAUUGCUGGAGAUUGACAUGCAACAGCAACUGAAACUUUGGGCAUCCCCAGACAAUUCCAAGAAGUGCUUUAGGGACUGUGACUUGAGCUCCCUCUUAUGGAAAGAUAUUGGAAUUAAAUUUUCAUGAUUUUUAAAAAACAAAACAAACUAAUUAUGGCAACAGUUACUAUGCCAUUUGCUGCCACGUUCACCCCUCAAGGAAAUGAAGAGUCUGACUCUCUAAUCGUGCUACAUUAUAAUUAUACAGGAAAACUUAUUCUAAGAGAAAAGGCAACUGAUCGCAUCGGGAUAACAACUGUUUCGUUUCUGAUCAUAUGUAGUUUCAUAGUCCUGGAAAAUUUGAUGGUAUUGAUUGCCAUAUGGAAAAAUAACAAAUUUCACAACCGUAUGUACUUUUUUAUUGGCAAUCUAGCUCUCUGUGAUCUGUUAGCUGGAAUUGUUUACAAAAUAAACAUUCUUAUGUCUGGAAAAAGAACUCUGAGCCUCUCCUACACAAUCUGGUUUAUUAGGGAAGGCAGUAUGUUUGUUGCCUUGGGAGCUUCUACAUUAAGCUUAUUAGCCAUAGCUAUUGAGAGACAUUUAACUAUGAUUAAAAUGCGGCCUUAUGAUGCAAAUAAAAAGUACAGAGUCUUCCUUCUUAUUGGAACAUGUUGGCUUAUCUCAGUUUCCUUGGGUGCCUUGCCAAUCCUUGGCUGGAACUGUAUCAACAAUUUACCAGACUGCUCAACAAUUUUGCCUCUUUAUUCCAAGAAAUAUGUUGCAUUUUGCAUAAGUAUCUUCAUAGCCAUUUUGGUGGCAAUUGUCAUCCUUUAUGCACGUAUUUACAUACUGGUAAAAUCCAGUAGCCGUAACGUCACUAAUCACAAUAACUCAGAGAGAUCUAUGGCACUGCUUAGGACAGUUGUUAUUGUAGUUGGUGUUUUCAUUGCCUGUUGGUCUCCAUUGUUUAUUCUGUUGCUUAUAGAUGUAGCUUGCAGAGUAAAUGAGUGUGCCAUUUUAUUCAAGGCUGACUGGUUCAUUGCGUUGGCUGUCCUCAAUUCUGCAAUGAAUCCUAUCAUCUACACUUUAGCCAGUAAGGAAAUGCGUCGGGCUUUCUUUCGCCUUGUUUGUGGCUGUCUAAUGAAGACCAAUGUGUCUAGAUCUUUGCCUAUUCAGCCCACUCCAGACCAAAGCCGAAGUAAGUCUAGCAGCAGCAAUACACAGAAACCAAAGGAUGAUUUCCUUCAGAUUAGUGCUCCCUCAAGUAUAAUUGAAAAGAAUAAAUCAUCAUUUCAGAACGGAAACUUGUGCAAAUGAAGGACUCCGUAAGUCAAGAACUCAUCUAUGGCUUUUUAGGAUUCAAUUACAAACUUUCAGUUUUCAUGCACUUAAAUCAUAACUUAAAUCAUAGGGGGAAAAUACUAACCACUUAUUUAACUGAGAACCUAUUUAUCACAUGACUUGGUUUGGAUUUUAAUGCUGUAAAAGAUCCGGCUCAGGAAAGCUUUUUCUACUACUCAGCCAUCUGCACAAAUCCUUGUGUGUCAUGAUGACAUUUAUGGAAUCAGUGUAUUUGGUAAAGCCUGAUCUUACAGUACAUCUGUGUCACCUACAAGAAAUGUCAACUAUUAUAUUUAUCCCACUAUCCUGUUUAAUUGGGAGAUAGAUUACUUACAGUAUACAAAGUGCAUUAUAUUGCUCUAUACAUAUCUUGCUGUUUUGUUAAUGGCCUUACAUGUAUGUUGUAUAAAUAAUUGUAUAUUUGUACAUUUCUUUAUUAAAUCAUAAUUGUAUGGCAGAAGUUUGCAUCAUGCAACAUAUAGUAUUACAAUAUAUAAUGCAAUAAUACAGUUUAUACAAGUAUGUAGAUGUUUCAAAUAGUAUGUUUGAAAAUAUAUGAAGUAGUAAUCCUGAACUGUGUAGCUAAAAAUGCUAAGUCUUUUUUCUUGCAAUCAAUAACCACAAAUCGCUCAUGUUUACAUAGUAAUACCGUGAUAACUAUGGCUGUGACCACAUUUUUCAGUUAUUUUAAGCAAACUAUGGCAAAUAACCACUCACAAUGUGAAUAUAAAUGUUUAAUAUUCAAGGUAGUUAAAAAUGAUCUAAGAAUUCACACAUAUAUAAAAUAUAGGUACUUUUUCAAUGAAUAUAUUUUACUUUUUUAAAUGUAUUGCAAAUGGUAUGACAAAUCUGUGAAAGUCUAUACAAAUUGACAUGCUCAUACAGUUAAAGCAGGCUUCCUUUAAAAAGACAAUGGACCAUGACAAAAUCCUUGCAGACCCUCCGGAAUUCCAUCUAGGAGCCAAUACAGCAUGGAGCUGUAAUAACGUCUUUUAGAGACAGAUCCAGCCAUUGCAGAAUGGGUCAUUUGGAGUUGUGCUGCACCAGAGAAGGGAUAGCACAGUUUGUUCCUCUAAGAGUGGCAUUAAUCCCCAUGAGUUCACCUUGCCCUCUAUACCAGUGAUGGGCAAUCUGCAGCCUGCAGGCCACAUGUGGCUCAUCAGGUUAAGCCACUGCCAGACCCCUAGACAGGCUGUUUUCCUUGCAUCUGCAGGUGGCUACCCGCAGCUCCCAUUGGCUGCAGUUCACUGUUCCUGGCCAAUGGGAGCUGUGGGAUUCAGCUGGGCACUGCUUCCCACAACUCCCAUUGGCCAGGAAUGGCAAACUAUAGCCAAUGGGAGCUGAAGGCAACCAUACCUGUGGGUACAAGAUAAACAACCUGUCCGGCGGCCCACCACUGGCUUACCUUGAAAUGUCAUAUGUGGCCCAUGGGCUGCAAGUUGCCUAUCACUGUUGUACUCCCAACUUUAGGACCCUAAACCUAUCCCCUCUGAGGACUUUGUAGACUUUUCCUGCCCCUCAAUCCCCUCCAAAUUAGGUCUCUGAAGACAAGGUAGUCUGGUCCAUUGUGAUUAAAAGAUCGUAAAUAUAUGGGGCCAGAGCCUCAGCUACUCUAAAUCAGCAUAGCUUGCAUGACAUCAGUGCAGCAUGACUGAUUUAUGCUCAGGGGUUCAGACAGACCCAUGUGAAUUAGAUGCUCAGAUUAGCUGCCAUUGACUUUCAAUAGCAGUUGAGCACCUAACUCCCUUGGAUCUAUUUGAAAAAUCCCAACCUAAUUGAAUCAAACCAAGCAUUAGAGACACAGAUCAGAUUUUAAAACCAGAAGGGACCACCCAUCCGUCUAGUCCAAGUGCCUGUAUAUCACAGUUCCCCACCCCACCAGCACCCACACAUUAAACCCAACAGCCAAAAUUAGAUCAAAGUAUUACUGCACACAGGAGACCAUACUAUUAUGUGCCACAGGGAAAGAAGAGGUGCACCACUGCGUGAAGCCUUGCAGUGGCAGGGAAGUCACAAAGCAAAGUAUACUCACAUAAACCUCAAACAAUCAUAGCUGUUCUUAAUUCAUAAUUUACAAAAACUGGUUCUUAUGGGUUUUUUUUAAUCGUAAUUAAAGCAGUUGUGUUUAAAGAGCAUGCCCAGUGUAUAUAGCAAUAGCCUUUCAAAAUAUAUGGUUUUAUGUUUAAAAGUCUGUGUGUAAAAAUGUCAGCAGUGGUCUUCUGACAUCUGCAAGAAGAAAGAGGAGAGUUUGCAGCAACUGUGAAGUUACCAAUAACUAUGAAAAUGACUUGUAUAAAGUAGAACUGCCCAAAGCAGUGAGUUACAAUUUAUUAGGCACUUGAAAGAAAACCUUGGCAAAGAGUGGCAAGAAGUCAAGUGCCAUGACAUAGGAGACUGACAUGUAGCUAUGAAUUGAAUCGAAGCUGUAAGAUUUGUAUUCAUAUUUAUAUUAUAAACAGAACUGUCUGUAUUGUAGUUGCAUGGUGUACCACUUUACUCCUAGGAGUGAUGUGUGGUUAUACUUUCCAGUUUUGGACAACUCUCUGGAAAUGAGUAUAAUUGCAAAUGUUUUCUAAAGUCCUUCUGUUACCUGUUCUUCUAAAUGUUUGGUUUGUUUAAAUAGCAUGUGUCUUUAGCUCUAGCCCAAAGGCUGCAUUCUCAGCUAUUGUAAAUUAGAAAAGAUUUAGCAACUCAACUCCCAUUAGGGUUAGGGAAAAGACUGUGGCUGAACUCACCCCAUGUCUCUAGUUUAAAGAUGUUAUGUACGGAUCUCUGUACUUAGAUGUGAAAUAAGACUGAAAAUACAUACACUAGAAUCUCAGCUACAAAUAACUUGGAAUGGAGGUUGUUAGUAACGCUGAAAUAUCUGAAAAAAAGCCAUGCUUUUUUCAGACUUACAAAGAUUUAUAACUAAACAUUGACUUAAUACAGCUUUGAAACAUUUGCUAUACAGACAGACCCGCUCAUGGGAGAGAGCAAAGGGAGCAACUAUCCCAGGCCUAAUGAUUCAAAGGGGCCCAGUUUCCAGCUGUAGCCAUAGCUACUAAUUGCCACCAUGCUGUGUGGCUCUGAAGACUGGGGGGUGUCCAGCUCUGGGCAGCACUGAGGUCUGGCUGCACUGGCUCUGCAACAUCUAGGAGCUUGGGAGCCAGCCCCGCUUGCCCAGGGGCCUGCGGAGGUUGCUAGCUCCCCUGCAUGCAGAAAAAAAUGUUGCUUUCCCCCUUGUUUUAUUUUUGUAGUUUACAUUUAACACAGAACUGUACUAUUAUUUGCU